AUGAGAAGGGCUGCAGUAGAGAAAAGGCAGCAGCUUGUUGAGUGGCAGCAAGCAGUCGUGAAUGAUGCUGCUGCUGCAGCGCUUUCCGCAUCUUCCGGAAGGUGGAGAAGAAUGCUGUGUGUCGAGAAGCUGAUUGCAAACUAUUUACAGAAGACCAAUGUUGAGAACGUGGAGAAAUGGCAAUACAAAGAAGACACGUUCCAAAAGAUCCGCGAGGCAACAGGAAUGCUUGAUGUUAUGGAAAUUGUAAAUAAGUUUCUCAACGGAGAAGCGGAGAACCAAAAGCUGAAGCUCAUAGCGGAAGAAACGGAAGAAAGACUUGAGUCUUGCAGAAGGGAAUAUCAAGAGGUCGUCCGAUGCGCAGUUGAAGAGCUCGCGCUGGGAAACUGCGCUCAUAUACGAAAUCUGUAUGCAGCACUUGAUGCACAGGCGCAGUCCUGGAGUGCAACAUUACACACUCACGCAACAAGGAAUAACGUCCUGAAAAACUUCCUCAGUACUGUGGACCAGGCCAGGCGCUACGCAGCCAGUAUUAACAAAAAGCUUGUGCAGAUUGGCAUUGAGGUGGGCGAGCGCAGAACAUCUCUAGAGUUUCCCCGCUCUCGGCAGAGAGCACAGCAACAUGGCUCCCAAAUAGCUUAA